AUGGCAAUACGAUUGAAUACAACAUUUCGAUCAUCAAAAGAUGUAUCAAUUUCUCACAUACAAUAUGGAACAAAAGAUGAUGUUGGCUACUCAAUAUUGUAUCAUUUUUUCACUAAAGCAUUUCCUGGUGCAUUCAAUAAGGAAACAUUUUUACGUGUUUUUGAUGCGAGUGACAUAUCAAAGGUAGCUUAUAUGUCACGUUACUGUUGUACGAUUAGAAUUUAUUGUGCUGUAUUAGCAACAUCCAUAUUCGCGGAUAAUACAAGAAGAUUAAAAAUUCUUAUGUUAGUUGAAGAUGAUAAUAUUUAUGCUUAUAAUUUAGGAAAAAAACUAAUUAACGAUGUUAUUAGAACGUGUAGAGAAAAUGAAAAUUUUGAACAAAUUGAAGCGUUUGUUGAAUCAUCGAAUAAUAGUGGAAUCAAUUUUUAUAAAACUAUUGGAUUCAAUCAAGUUCAUCAUGUACCCGAUUACUUUCCACGACGUGCAAGUCUAACACCAGAAGCCGUCAAACUCGUUUAUCCAUUGAAAAAUAGUGCAACGAUUGAGCCAGCCUCAACUUCUGAUUUACUCAAUACUUUUCAUGAAGUACGAUUGAAAAAUAUUCAAUUUUUUACACCAGGCUUCUUCCUUCAAAUAUGA